AUGCUGAACCGUCACCACCGACGACACCACUCCUGGCCCCACUGCGGCUCCGAGCUAUGCAGACGUGCCCCAUCCAACCUAGAAGUACGUAUGCUCAGACCAAGGAACGAAGCUGGACCCCAAGAAAAUCAACUCUGGGCGUUCCAACAAAGCGCUGUACCCCUUAUCGCUGAAGAAGUCAUUGACAACGACGAUGCCGAGAUGGCAGGUAUAGUGAGAACUCCAUCAAGAAGCAGCGUACAUCGACUCUGGUCGCGUCCUCCGCAGAAGCAAUGGCCAAAUGAACCCGAAGCAUCGACAUCCACACCUGAGGCUCGGAAGCAGGUUCAUCGCAGUGUUUUGCGACGCCUUAUCCGUCGACCCCCACUUGAUAAAACUAGAUCCUUGUUUGUCAUGCCGACCAUGAUGACUGCAGGUGAUCGUGUCAUGAUUUCUGGGUGGAUGCCUCCGAGAUUAUCGGCGAGACCGGUCAUAGUGACUGAUCCGCGGGGAACUUUCUCGGUGGCUGAUUCGAGGCAGUUUGUUAAGGAGAGGAGGCAUAGGAGGUCUCAUUCUGAGCAACCGCGAUCGUGGAGGGAGCCGAGUGCGAGUCUUUGGCCGUUGAAGGAGGAGUGA